CCGACCCCCGCCACCGCCGACUCCGGCCACGGCGGCGGCGGCGGGGUGCUGCUGUCCGACGUCAGGAGGGAGAUCUACGACCGCCUGCGGGCCGUCGGCAACCAGGAGGCGCUCGCCGACCCCUUCUUCAACCGCGUGCUCGAGGACAACUACCAACGCCUCCCGCCAAGCCACUACAUCGACCUCGACGUGAGCAUGGAAGCCAGGGAUCCCCCACAAUUACCGUUUUGAUUUGGAGCCAGAGGUUUGUCCUGCUGAAGGAAUCGGACGUGGAAGACGGGACCGUUGUCGGGGUCGGCGCACUCGGCGAGGAUCCGGCGAUGGAGCAGCACGUCCUCCCGCCUUGUUCACCAGCGUUCCUGCGUGGCAUAGUUCUGUAAGAAUUGUCAAAAGCUCAAAAGCGAAUGUUAGAAGCCUGGAGAAUGAGAAGACUGAUGGAACGGGAGCUUGACAGAAGGUCAAAUGAUUGGUCAGCCAGGCUGGCAAGAUUUCAAGCCGAAGAACAGCGACUACGGGAUAGAGUAAUGGAGCUAGCAGAGCAGAAUGUGUCAUUUCAGAGAGAAGUUACUUUGUUUGAAUCGAAACGAGUUGAGGCUUCUAACAAGAUUAGAAGUUUGGAACUGCAAAACAAACAACUGAAUGAUGAGAUGGAGAAAGUUAAAGGUAAAGUUGGUGUCCCGAAGCAGCUAUUUGUUAACACAGACCCAUUGUCAAUACCAGCUGCGGUUAUGAGGGCUGGGCUAUCACUUCCAUUAGGAAGGCAUGAAUUCAACGGCGAAAACUUCUAUCAGGAUGGGGUCCCUCUAGGCGGGAAGGCAUGGACCCAACAGCAAGGACAUCGAUUAUGAUGGAUUCAACCGGACUGCUUGAUUACUGAAUGACAUAAUAUGGUUAUGAUGUGGGUUCAUGGAGAUACUCUAGCCCCAACAAAACUAUGACUCAUCCAACCUUUUCGGGCAGGUUCACUAUUCUUCAAUCGUAAUGCUGCAUAUUCCUAUUUGAAUGAUAGGUGGUGCAUAGAAUUAAUGAUUCAGAAAAAUUAUUUUUUCUUUGUUACGAACAAGUCUGCAACUCUCCCAGAUAGAAGAUUAUCACUAAAAGAGAACAACUAAUUAGUCUUGAUAGAUGAAGUCAGAUUGUGUACUGACAUUGUGGUAAUCUCUGUAUCCUAUUUCUUCCUGUUAUUUGUGUUAUUUUGCUUACACAAAAUGGUCAUGUUUAUCUCAAA